UUAGAUUACGCUUAUUUUGAUGAGAUUAAUGACUCGCAGAUCUAAACUGGAAGUUUAAUCACUAAUGUUGUAUAAGCUUUGUUCUCAGAUGUUCACCAAACGGCCACAAAGAGCAAUUUUUUACUUCAAGUGCAGAAGAAGUGGGGACCAAAAAAUAGCAGAAGUAGGAGAGUUUGAGUGAGCGUCAUGUCUCUCGGUGCCGCCCCCACACACUGGGAGAGGAAACUCUAUCAGAAGUGAUAAACGACUGAGUGUGAGGUAACAGGGAGUAAGAGAAGCAGAGAAACGUUGCAGAGGACAAGAGAACAACAGUCGAGCUGAGAGAGAAAACGACGGAAAAGAGGGACAAACUGAGAGUUUAUGAGGAAGAGUCAGUGAAGGCAAGUACAAUGUCGGCUGCCUCGGUCAUCCAGCACUGACAGCUCUGCUGAUCACAUGGGCUGAUGUCACCCCUCGCUGUGUUUUCCCUCCAACCACUGGAAAAGAGGAGACACAUGUCCACACCGUUACAAAUAAGGACUGGACACACAAAGGAAAGCAUCCCAGUGCUAGAAAAUUAAGAAGGCAUUCUUUAGGAAAUGGCCUACACCAGAUGACUGAUGGGACACCCUGAUGGAAACAUAUGACCAUUUCUGCACCACUGCCAGAGACGAGUCUGGAUAAUAUACUUGGAUUCAGGAAAAAAGGUGUUCCAGAGGAUCUCAACCCUCAUUCCAGAAUGACCUCAGAGUAAGCAAAUAAGGAUCAGCACUCUUAGGAGCUUCAGGGCGAACCUCAGAACUGGACAAAUGAGAGGAAAAUGAAUGAAAGCGAUUUCAAAUGUGCAAACGCAACAGAGAUAAAGGAAUACCAGCAUUACAUCUAUGCCAUCAUCUACUCUGUAAUCCUGGUUCCGGGGCUCAUCAGCAAUGUUCUUGCACUCUGGGUUUUCCACGUGUACGUGAAGGAGACAAAGAAGGCUGUGAUCUUCAUGAUCAACCUGGCCAUCGCAGACUUGCUGCAGGUGCUUUCAUUACCUCUGCGCAUUUACUACUACCUGAACAAAUCCUGGCCUUUCGGUCACGCCCUCUGCAUGUUUUGCUUCUAUCUGAAAUAUGUGAACAUGUACGCCAGCAUCUACUUCCUGGCGUGCAUCAGUGUGAGACGGUGCCUGCUCAUCAUCUUCCCGCUGCGCUACAACGGUACGAAAAGGCGGCGGGACAGGGGCUGGUGUGCGGUGGGCUGGUUCAUUGUCUGUAUCGGAUGUCUGCCUUUUCCCCUGCUGAGAAAAGACUCUUCAACCCACGACAUUUGCUUCUCAGAGCUGCCGAUGGUGUCGCUGUCCAUGGCUGGCGGAGUGACUCUCGUCACCAUGGCCGAGAUCGCGGGUUUCCUCCUGCCGCUAGGCGUGGUCCUCACCUGCACGUGGUUAACCGCUGCAAGCCUGCGAGAAAAGAACUGCAUCUUGCAAGAUGCCGGAGAAAAGCGCAAAGCACUGAAGAUGGUGCUGAGCUGCGCGUGUGUCUUCCUGGUCUGCUUUAUGCCUUAUCACAUCACCUUCCCUCUGGACUUCUUGGCCAAGUCGAAAAAUGUUAGCUGCACAUUCAGGAAUGCCGUCCUACGCUCCCAUCCUAUAACCUUGUGUCUGGCCAGCUUUAACUCCUGCCUGGACCCAGUCAUGUACUACUUCACCACUGAUGAGUUCAAGCGGCGUCUCUCCAGGCCAGAGCUGCCGGAGAGCUUCCAUUUGCACCGCAGGAUCUCCUGCACAACGACUGAGGUGACGGCACUGCAGUCUGAGCAAAAAGAGUGAGGGUAUCCCUCGAGAUAGAACAGAAGACAGAACCUCAGAUAGCAACAGCAAAUCAAAUCCCCCGGGACAGACCACUUUACUGUAGUAACUGUUGUUGAGGGUAAGACCCCACAAAGCUUGCAGACUAAGCUUGAGUUGGAGGAAGCCCUUCACAUUUGCUCCUAUAGUCAAUGUUUCUUAUUCAUGAGAAUUCCUGAUGGGGAAUAUAAAUGAUCUAUGCACUGUAAGCCCAGUAAUGUAAAAUAGUCAAUGCAGAAUAUUUAUGAAAGAAUAAAUAUAUUUAUGGCUGUGUUAAACGGCCAUAGGAAUGUGCGUUACGUAAUGUUCAAGCAACCUGAUGAGUGCACACUUGAACAAGUGUUCAAUAAAGCAAUUAAACUCUGGCAACAAUAUGUGACAGUUUCAGAAGAAGAGCAUCUCCUCUCAUAAACAAGGGAAACAUAAGGAUUAUGCAAUAGUGAAAUCUUGUGACCAAUAAAUGCAGCGGAGCUUCAUACAAACACACUAAUUUCAUAAAAAGACAUUUUUAAGAAAAGGGACAUGUGGGAGAAAAGAAAA